AUGCGCAAUAAGGGGCCUGUGUCACCUCACCCUGGCCAGCAUACCGCGGCUGGUGGGGAUCCCCUACAGCGGUCGAAACUCAAGAAAGAAAAAAAACAAACAAAAGUGCUCACCUUAGCAUCAUGGAAUAUUAGAACUCUCCUUGACAAUACCAAUACAGAUAGACCUGAGAGAAGAACUGCGCUAGUGGCAAGGGAAUUAGCCCGUUUCAAAGUUGACAUCGCAGCCCUUAGUGAAACACGUCUUGUAGACAAAGGACAACUAACAGAGACUGGCAGUGGCUAUACAUUCUUCUGGAGUGGGCGCAACAUCAAAGAGAGACGCGAAUCUGGUGUGGGAUUUGCCAUUAAAACAACCCCUGUCCCAAAACUUCCAAGCAUUCCUGAGGGUCUUAGCGACCGACUAAUGAAGAUGCAGCUACCAUUGAGACACAAGACCAAGGCCACAUUGAUCAGUGCCUAUGCCCCAACCAUGACAAACCCUGAUGAGGUCAAGAACAGAUUUUACGAAGAGUUUGAUUGCUUGAUUUCAUCUGUCCCGCAGUCAGAGAAGCUUCUUGUCCUUGGGGACGUCAACGCCCGCGUCGGAACUGAUCAUCAAGCCUGGAAUAACAUCAUUGGAAAACACGGAAUAGGGAAAUGCAACAGUAAUGGACUCCUCCUACUCAGAAGGUGCGCCAAACAUGACCUGGCCAUCACUAACACCAUGUUUCGCCUGCCAACCCACAACAAAACAUCAUGGAUGCACCCUCGCUCUCGGCACUGGCAUCUCAUAGAUUACAUCAUCACCAGGGUCAGGGACAGGCAAGAUGUACGACUGACCAAAGCCAUGUGUGGUGCUGAGUGCUGGACGGAGCACCGCCUGACCAAAGCCAGACUCAAAUUCAUCGUCCAGCCCAAGAGGAGACCACAGGGGGCUGAUGAAAUUCAAGGCUAUGCUGACAGACACGACAUCAAGAGAUUCUAUGAUGCAUUGAAGGCCGUCUAUGGUCCACAGUCGACGGGAUCAUCUCCUCUACUCAGUGCCGACGGCUCAACCCUGCUCACAGACAAGAAGCAGAUCCUUCAGAGAUGGGCCGAACACUUCCACAGCAUGCUCAAUCGCCUCGUAGGGACCAACGACGAAGCAGUUGCACGCCUUCCACAACUGGCAACCAACCAAGAGCUUGAUACUCCACCAACGCAGGAAGAGGUCAACAAAGCAAUCAAACAAAUGACCAGCGGCAAAGCUCCUGGCCCUGACACCAUCCUUGCAGAGGUGUUCAAGAUGGACGGUGAAUCCAUCCGCAAUGAGCUGACAAGUCUCUUUCAGACAAUGUGGAACAAACAGCUUCUACCCCAAGAAUUUAGGGAUGCCACGAUUGUCCACAUCUACAAGCGAAAAGGAAGCCUUCAAUCCUGCGACAACCAUAUCGCUCCUGUCCAUAGCUGGCAAGAUCCUGGCGUGCAUCCUCCUCAAUCGCUUGCUGGAACCCUUGGAGCAAGACACUGUAGUUCCUCGUCUCCUUUCCCUUGGUCUUGUCCCUCAUCGACAAUGCAGUCCUGCCAGUUGCCAUACGUUACAUUCUGGUGGCCCCCUUUAUUCAAGCGCUGCUUCAGAGGUUCUAAGAUUCCCUCGUACACUUUGAUCUUAUAA